AUGACCAUCGCAUUCUUUUCCAUCCUCCUAGUCCUAGUCCUAUCAGCCAUUUCUGUAGCUGCUUCCUCUCCCAACCGCAAUGGCAGUGACACAGACCUUGCCACUCUGCUGGCUUUCAAAGCCCAGUUCUCCGACCCUCUUGGUGUCCUUGCCGGCAACUGGACAACCAGCACAUCAUUCUGCCACUGGGUCGGCAUCAGAUGCAGCCGGCGGAGGCAGCGAGUCACAGCUCUGUCGCUGCCGGAUACACCUCUCUAUGGACCCAUCACACCUCACCUCGGUAACCUCUCUUUCCUCUCUGUCCUCAGUCUCAACAACACCAACAUCACGGGUUCCAUCCCACAUGAUUUAGGUAGACUACAUCGCCUUGAAUUCCUGAGACUUGGCUACAAUGGCCUGUCAGAUAGCAUCCCUCCUACUAUAGGAAACCUCUCAAGGCUUCAAGUUCUUGACCUAAAACUGAACCUCCUAUCUGGUUCAAUCCCGCUAGAGCUACGUAACCUGUACAAUCUUGCCUAUAUAAAUCUCAUGAAAAAUUCCAUUAGUGGAUCUAUACCGACCGACAUGUUUAACAAUACCCCUAUGUUAACUUAUUUAAACUUCGCCAACAAUAGCCUGUCAGGGUCAAUACCAUCCUGCGUUGGCUCCUUGCCACUGCUCCGCAACCUUAUUAUGCAUUACAAUCAUCUCACCGGCCUAGUGCCUCCUUCCAUUUUUAACAUGUCUAAACUGCAGGGUAUCUAUCUCACCCAUAACUACUUAACUGGUUCUUUCCCUACAAAUGCAAGUUUCAAUCUCCCGAUGCUACAGAUUAUUGCCAUAGGACAGAACAAUUUCACAAGCCAUGUUCCAUUGGGCCUUGCGUCUUGUCAAUACCUCAAAGUUAUUUCCUUCUCCCUUAAUUCAUUUGAGGGUGUUGUGCCAACAUGGCUAGGCAAGUUGACUCGUCUCAUUUGGUUGGCCAUGGGCGAGAAUGGCCUUUUCGGGUCAAUUCCUAGAGCUCCUUGACCUCGGAUCCUGCAACCUAACAGGAGCCAUUCCAACAGAACUCGAACAGUUAAGUCAACUGUCACAAUUGAAUCUUUCGGAGAACGAGCUAAUAGGACCCAUUCCCGCUUCUCUUGAUAAUGCAACUGAAUUAGCAAUCCUAUUGUUGGACCAAAACAUGUUGACUGGACCAGUACCUAGAACUAUCGGUAACAUGAACUCUUUGAUAAUCCUUGAUAUUUCAACUAACUACCUACAUGGGGAUGUCAACUUCUUACCCGUUUUCUCUGAUCUUCCAAAUCUCCAAUACCUUAGCAUCAAGUCAAAUAAUUUCACGGGUAGCCUCCCUAACAAUGUAGGGAACGGCAAGCUACUGCCGGAGACUGGAGGAGACCCCCUCUCC